AUGCACCAGAACUUCAUUCCAUCAUACAGUGUCUUCUGCUCACGGUAUUUUGUGCUUUGGCUUCAAGACUUCCAGGUGACAUCUGUUCUGGGGUCCCAGGUGAAAGUUCAGGAGUCAGAGAGUUUGAGUUCUGCUCUGGGCCACAAUCCUCUUGCCUUCAUCUUCAGUACGCCAGUGGUCCACUUGUGUCCCCAUGGCUCUGAGCCACGCUGGACAUUGAAUGCGAAGCCAUCAGUUCUGAGCCUUGUGCAGAGCUGUUCGGGGUCCAUGAGUCCAAGACUUUUGAGAAGAGACAUCCUGGGCCAGUGUCCCACCACAUACCAGUGUCGGUGUCCCAUCACAUACCAGAGCCAAGGGGAUCAGCUCAAGAGCAAGGUGCUCCCUGCACAUAGUCCCCUCCUCCCUGCACAUAGUCCCCUCCUCCCUGCACACUCAGCCCCUGGCUGGGAUGGUCAGUGUACACACCCACAUUUCCUUCCUCUGUCGUCCUCUCCCUGUCCUUUCUCUACAUUCCUCCUCCCUUCCUUCCUCUUUCCUUGCCUCCUUCUCUUUCCCUUCGGCUCCAGGACAUGGUCUUGCCCUGGUUCAGUUCAGUCUAGCUUCCAGCUUCAACUGUCAGCAGAGCCUCCAGGUGGGGGUGUACUGCGCAAGGUGCCUGCGAGGAACAGGUCUUGCCGUCCCAGAUACAGACUACAAAGAUUGAGUCCCAGCAGCCUGAAGUACGAGUGGGAAGAGAAACUGUCCAGAGCCAUAGUGGCCACAGCAGCGGCGCUAGUGAGGAGGCUGUGUGUGGCUCAGCCCACCAGCUCUGAGGCCACGGAGAUGUUCCUGAUGCUGGAGUCUAAGCUCCAAGGCCUUUCCGUGGGUGAGCAGACUGCAGUCUGGCAGCAAUUGUCUUUUGAAUGUCAUGACAACCGCUUUUGUGGGGCUGAGACUGAAGAUGAAGGCCGGCAGAUGAAGAUGGCGUCGUUCUGCCUGCCACUGCUGCAGUCUCCAGGGGCCAGCCCAGGCGCCUUCCUUGGCAUCUCAGCUCUGGCACACAACCUCUGUGAUCUGGACAGGCACUGCCAACAGCUACCUGGAGUUGGCUCCCUUGUGAAGAUUCUGGACGAGGCUUUGGGUGUGAACUACAGCUUCCCAGAGGUCAGGUGAGCAUAGCUACUUCAGCUUGUGCUGAAAGCCAUCGGCAAUGCUGGUCUGGGUGCGGCAGCUCUAGCCCCUGUGUUGAGCACCUGUGCAUCUCUGAGGGUCAUCUCUGCAGAGAUCUGGCUGGUGGCUAACCAGGCCUUCCAGAAGAUCCCUUGCUCUGCAGACGUGAGUCCUUGUGUUUUUUCCUCUGGAUGCCGUUGGACAAUGGGUGGACUUGAUCUAGGUUGUCAAUCACCUCCUCCUUUGAAAUCAUUACAUGUUACUCCCGUGUGCUGGUGCCGCUCUGUCCCAGUGGGCUCCUUCGUGUGGAGCCACAGCGUGCAGCUGCUGGAGACGGAUGAUCCCCUGAAACAUGACCUUUGGGAGUCCCUCCCCCAAGACAUCCUUAGUCAGCAGUUCCAGACGGAGACCUGGAAACACUUGCCUUAUUCUGAUGUCACCUUCCACUUAAGUACGACUCACCUGGGGCCGCAAGUGUUCAGGCAUGAGCUGAGCUUCCUGGACUGAGCCUCUGGAGGUCACAGGAGACACUGGUCUCUGCACCUGGCUGAACCUGCCAUCAAGCUUCUCAGGGUACUCUCUGUCCUGUCCCCACCGUCCCUGUACAACCCCUGCCUCCAGCCUCUCUUCCGUGACCCCCGCCCUCUGCCCCAUUCCCUGCCCUCUCCCUGUCAUUUUCCCCUUUCUCCAUCUUUUGUCCCCAGCCCUGCGCCCUGCCUCAUGUCCCAGCUCCUGACCCUUGCCCUCCUUCCGGUCUCUGCUCAGAUGGGCACUGCCGGGGCUCUGGGACAGGCUGGGCUGAGGAGGUUGACCCGUGUCCGUGGCACUGCUAGCCUAGAUGGUGGGAUCCAGGCUAAGAAGGGUCAGGACCUCAGAGUCCUGAAUGCCCCAGAGGACUCAGUGGGGCUCCUCAGCUUCAGCUGCCACUCAGCUUUCAAAGAUGUCACUGUCUUUGCAGUGUCCCAGGCCGAGGGUGGACAGCUGUGUGCUAACAUGAACAGUCCAGGGCCUGGUCAGCCCACCCUGCUCUCAGCACCUGUGCGGGGAUUGACUCUGAAGAAGCAGGGCCCAGGACUUCAGCUGUACCUGCUGCACAUCAGCACCAAGGACUUGGCCACAACGAUACAGGCCAUCACAGCCUGGGAAAUGCUUAAUGGGCUUGUUCCUGCAAGGGUAGGCAGCCCUAUUUCAGAAGAGAAGCAGUGUCUUCUCUUCUCAGGAACCCCAUUGUGCUUUCAGAAGGACAGCUGGCUCCCUGAAGAAGCCACUGCCCACCUCCUCAUGGGUACACCCCAGUCAGAAGUGGCCAGGGACGUUGGGAUGGAUAUCAGCUACAGCGGCUGCACCCCAACAAGAAAAUUCACCUUGCCACCUGACUCCUUGGCAGCUGCAAUGUGGGUAGUGUAUCUGCCACACAUUGUGAUGCUGGGACUUUUUCAGGUCCAGAGUGACAGAGAGACAGACAAGAAGACCCAGCAGUUCGAGGCCCAGAUGGAGGCAAAGCUGGUGACAGCAGGCAGACCUAUAGUCCUUGAUGGAACAUCCAUGCAGUUGGGCAGCAGAUUGUCUAUCUCUGCAUCUCUGAGGCGUGUGCUAAAUGAUGAGGCUCACAUAACCCUGUUCUGUGGUCAGGUUGGGGAUGGACAGCCCAGAGAAACAGGGGUGGGGUCUCUGAGCCCCCAAGGUGGGGAGUGUGCUGGGGGACAACCACCCAUGCAUGUUACCUACUGUCCCACAAUGUUGCUGGAGAAGAAGGCGGAGGCUGGGCUGCAGUCAGCCAUCCUGGGUGUCCAGCAGCAGGUUCCCUGUGUGACAGAGGUCCACAUACAGGGCCUGCUGGAGCAGCAUGGCUCUGUGGAAAGCAACACCCUGAGGAUCAAGUACGGCCUCCUGGGAGCCUUGAACUUGGACAGCCCAUGGCUCACAGUGUCUGCAGCUCAUCAGCUCUACUGGCCACACUGGGUCACGUUCCAGGCUGUCUCAGAGCUGACGCUGGCCAAGGCCUGAACCCUCAAAGAUCUGGUGGUCAGCACGACCGGCAGGAGUCAGAGCCACGACAGGAAAGUCAAGACGGUGUACACCGAAGCCACCACCUACCUCUGGGUUUCCAUGGUGACAACCUUGAUGCCAGGCCUCUUCCACAGCAGGAGAGAGCUUGAGUCAGCCUGGAGUGCAGCUGUGCAGAGUGAGGUGCAUGCGGAGAAUAGUCAGGGCAGGAAGGUCCUGCACUGCUGCUUGAAGAGCCUCCAAGGGGAACUCAGCCUCACAGCAGCCUACCAGCACACAAAGAAGCCCCCAAAGCCCUAUGUGCGGCUGACAGUCCUGGGGACUGGUAUCCUGGGCCAGCCUCGAGGCCUGCAGUUGGAGGGAGAGCUGGGGCAGCUGCAGUGAGACUUAGAUGCUGUACAAAGGGGAGCAUUGCUCCUCAGGAACCUCUGGCACCUCCUCUUGGAGGGGACCUUCAUGGUGGACAAACAGCGCCAGUAUCACUUUCUGGAGACCAAGGCUAUCCUGAGUGACGAGGAGGAGCUCCUACACACGGCAGUGCUGGGCUGCCAGGCUGGACACCACUAUAUGAGUGGGCUAUCUGCACAGGCCUCCAAUGAUAAGGCUAUGCCCAGGAACCUGGAGGGGUGCCUGGUGGCCUGGAAUCUGAGCAAUAUAGCGCCACCUGCUGGGGACCAAGUGUUCAUACAUCUGAGCCUGCAGAAGACUGUAACAGUCAUACGUUCCUCCUGGGGUGCAGUUGUUUUCCAAGAUGCUGCGGGGGACCGGGACUCAGCGCAGCUGCUCCUCAGGACAUCUGAGGGGAGAUGGCGAGGCUGGGUCCUCAGCCUGUGGGGCCUUGACUAUGGAGAGGAUCUUCCUGUGUCCCCAGUGGAGAGGGCCUGCCUGUGUCCCCCAGUGGAGGAGGCCUGCCUGUGUCCCCCGGUGGAGGAGGCCUGCCUGUGGCCCUCUGGCUGCUCUGUAAACUACUGGGCCCAUGUUGGCCAUCUGGAGCUAUGGGGCCACAGCCAACAUGACAGUGAGACCCUGCUGCAGGCUGGGGUCCCAGAUGAGGCCGCCCUGCUUACAUUACUAUUCUGAGAACUCUGGAUCUUGGAAGACAUGAGCUCAUUCCUGCAAAUCACUUGCGCCACCCAAGAUCUCCUGUUCCUCCACGUCCAUGGCCAGAACCAGGCCAACAGUCCCCAGAUGAGGGUGUGCCAGCCCUUGGCACAGGGGCCAGUACAGAUUAGCUGCUUGCUCCAGUACUCCAAGGAUGAGCCCCAGAGCACUGCUGUGCUAGAGAUGGAGGAGUGCCGUUCCCAUGUAAGUGCCAGCCCGCGGGCUGCUAAGGACAGCCUAGACAAUGCCAUCCCGCUGCAACUGACCUUCCCCCAGGCUGGUGUGUGGCUCGGCUCUAAGAGGCGAUGCACUAGCCACCCCAUUCUCUUCUGGGUCAGCACCCUUCACACAGAGCUGGCCCAGAGGACUGUGUUUCAGAGAGCCCAAGGCAUCCAUGUCCUGUACCAGGCAGUGCAGUGGGAUGACAGGAAGUUGUCCCUCAGUGGAAGCCUCUCCAGGCCUGUCUCAGAGCCUGGGGACUCAGGCCUCCUCAUACAGAUUCAGCAAUCAAGGGACAGAGGCUCAUCUGUGACUCUGGAGGUUACCUGGGCUAACAGGUCCUCUACACACAGUGUGACCUGGGAUGGGUGUCUGACUGCUUCCCUAGGUCAGCUCAAGAGAACCUGGGAUCUGGGCCCGCUGCAGGCCUGUGUGGCCUUGACUCAGACUGGGUCUCUCUCCUGGGGCCAACACCAGCCACAGCAGAAUGUGACAUUCCAGAAGCAUCAGCUGCUCCAAUGGGACAAGGUCCACACACAGGCCACACUAGAGGACAUCCUCACAGGCCCCUUGCUUGCCAGCAAGGCCCAGCAAGCUUCCAGGGCACAGCGGAGAUUGACUACACACACAAGUUAUGCUUCACCCUCCAUCGGGGGCUUUGCAGCUUGCCAGGUCUUCCUUCAGGUCCUCUCAUUCUCCAGGGAGCACAGUCUGGACCAGGGUGCACCACUGUUGCGUUCUCAAAACCAGCUGGGUCUUCCUCCAGACCCUGACCAGGGGCUGCACUUUAGCCACACCCACAACCACAGCCGACCUAAUGCACCUGACUUCUCUGUGUGGCUGGAGCUCCAAAGCCCCAGGGCUCAGCAGCUCCUCCUGCUGGGCUGCAUCUCCACCUCAGCUUCCCAAAGCCUGGUCCAGCUGGAGGGCAGCAUGGAUAAGGAUGAUAAACUAAGGCUGUUGGUGUCGCAGGCCCUGAGCUGUCUUCAGAAUUCUGCCGCCCACGUGGAAGGUGACAGGGCAGAGAAGAGUAUGAGGCUACAGGCAUGCCCCUACAAGAGAACCGUGGAGAGGGAGGCCCUGCUUCAGAGCAGUGAGCAGCACAUCCAGCCACUGGGACGCCUGGCCCUGCAGGCAGCUAACCAGGGCCUCUUCCUAGUUGUACAAGGCUUUCAGGCCCUGCUGAGCCACACGGAACUCCUGGGGGCGAGCCCAGCUGAAAGAGAAGACCACAAGCUGGUGGGCACCCUGGAUAAAGCAGCAGAGUGCCUGGUACAGUUGGCCCAGGUGGGGCUAGGCGCUGUUCAGGCAGAGCCCCUGGCCACACUGAAGGAGGCCUACUUGGGGGUGAUGCUGCAGUCCCUGGAUGAGGUGUGGUGAGAGGGGGCUAAGGAAGCCAGGCAGUGGCUACAGGCUUGGCUGCUCCGGCUGCCAGAAAGUUGGAGGCCAAGGCCCAUCCAGAUGGUCCUGGAAGCCAUGAUGGGUGCCCUGGAGCUGGCCAUCCACCAUACACUGUCCUGGGCUGAGGUUUCCUGGGCCCUGAGGCGACUCUGCAAACCCUUAUGGAGCAUGUAUGGAGUCAGUUUCUUCCUGCGUGGAGUAGAAAGGAGAGCAUGGCUGGCUCGUGUGAGCACAGCAUCUGAGCCCAAGGCCUUCUACAGAGGAAGCCCAGCACCAGGCUGGUGUGAUUACGCUGUGGUUGCUGGUGCCAGGAACCUGGACUUUGAUGGGCAGGUAGGGGGCCUGGGUCCCUGCUGCAGCAGCUUCCUGCUCGCCAAGGACUUCACUCACCAAAUGUUCUCUCCGAUGCUGAGCCUCACAGACUUGGGGUUCAUGGCCCUUCAAGUGGAGCUGAACCACACAAUCCUCAUUCUGUAUCCCAAGGUGCGUGCUUGGGAGUGGGAGGGGCUCCCUGGAGCUUCUUGUCUACGACAGGAUAUAGACCUGCCUCCUACUAUGCUGAACACUGGGUCCAAGGUUGAGCUGAGCCACGAGGAUGAUGUGUCUCUCUCUUAUGAUGUGCCAGGCCUCUGCAGCCUGAUGCUGGGCCAGUGGCACCACGGUAUAUCUGCUGGCCUUCUGGGUACCAACAAUAAUGAAGCAGGUGACGAGCUAACGCUGCCGGAUGGCAUGGAAGUUGCCAGCCUGGAGGAGCUCGCUUGGGCCUGGCAGGUAAACUGCGGGAACACCCUGCCCCUAGGCUCAGUGGAGGACGGGUGCGCAGUCCAGGCUGAAGCUGGAGCCUUCACGCUCCCCUCAAGGAUCAGGCUUCUCCUGCUGAGGCCGAUGCACACAGGCGGUGUGGGUGAGAACUGUGGGGCUGUAGAGAGGAAGCAGCAGCCAUGCUCAGGACACAGCACCACCUGCGGGGCCUUCUUCCAAGAACCUUGCUCCAGUCUAGGGAACUGCUUCCGAGUGUGUGGGGGUAAGUUCUCAUCCGGGCCCCAUCCCAAUUGGAAAACCAACACCAAUCUCUGUGCUCCUACCGGGAUGGCAGGUGCUCAGUUCUACGAACCUGUGUUAGGCUCUGAGGUGACGCUGUGCCUGCGACCCUGA